GACGAAUGUCGAAGCCUCUGUCCUGUCUCCACAAAAACCCCUCAUCCUCUCCUCUUUUCCAACAUCACAAUACAACUCCAAAGAAGAAGAGAAAGUCCCAAAGGCGAUUUAUCAUUUCAAACGAUCAGCUCAUCUCACCAUUUCUAAAAGAGGCAAGCUUCAUUUCCCAAUCUAAUCUCUCUUUCCAUUCUCAAUUUGCAUUUGUAUAGGAUCUUUGAAAAGAAGCCAUGAAUCCUGACAAAUUUACACACAAGACGAACGAGGCUCUGGCCGGAGCCCACGAACUGGCCUUGAAUUCCGGCCACGUUCAGUUCACCCCUCUCCACAUAGCCCUAGCUUUGAUUUCCGAUCCAAACGGCAUCCUCCGUCAGGCAAUUUCCAGUGCCGGUGGUGGCGAUGAGGCCGCCAACUCGUUUGAGCGCGUCCUCAAGCAGGGGAUGAAGAAAAUCCCAUCCCAAAGUCCUCCCCCUGACGAAGUCCCUGCCAGCACUUCCCUCAUCAAGGCCAUCAGGCGGGCCCAGUCGUCCCAGAAGUCCCGCGGCGACAGCCAUCUAGCCGUUGAUCUGCUCAUCCUCGGCAUUCUUGAGGAUUCCCAGAUCGCGGAUAUUCUCAAGGAAGCCGGCGUUAGCGCAUCGAGGGUCAAAUCAGAAGUCGAGAAGUUGAGGGGGAAGGAAGGUAAGAAGGUGGAGAGUGCGUCGGGUGACACGAAUUUCCAGGCGUUGAAGACAUAUGGAAGGGACCUCGUCGAGAUGGCCGGGAAGCUUGAUCCGGUGAUCGGGCGGGAUGAGGAGAUCAGGAGGGUGAUACGGAUUCUCUCGAGGCGGACCAAGAACAAUCCGGUCCUUAUUGGAGAGCCUGGCGUUGGGAAGACUGCUGUCGUGGAAGGGCUUGCACAGAGGAUUGUUAGGGGUGAUGUGCCUAGCAAUUUGCUGGAUGUGAGGUUGAUUGCUUUGGAUAUGGGCGCUUUGAUUGCGGGUGCCAAGUACAGAGGAGAAUUUGAAGAGAGAUUGAAAUCGGUGUUGAAGGAAGUUGAGGAUGCAGAUGGGAAGGUCAUCCUUUUUAUUGAUGAGAUCCAUCUUGUUCUUGGGGCGGGCCGAACUGAGGGUUCGAUGGAUGCUGCAAACUUGUUCAAGCCAAUGUUGGCCCGUGGGCAGCUCCGCUGCAUAGGUGCAACCACCCUUGAAGAGUACAGGAAGUAUGUGGAGAAGGAUGCAGCAUUUGAGCGACGCUUCCAGCAGGUUUAUGUGGCAGAGCCGAGUGUGGCUGAUACCAUUAGCAUUCUUCGUGGACUGAAAGAGAAAUAUGAAGGGCAUCAUGGUGUUCGGAUUCAAGACCGUGCUUUGGUGGUUGGGGCGCAGCUGUCUGCUAGAUAUAUCACUGGUCGUCACCUUCCUGAUAAGGCAAUCGAUCUGGUUGAUGAAGCCUGUGCGAAUGUGAGAGUUCAGCUCGAUAGCCAGCCAGAAGAGAUUGAUAAUCUUGAACGAAGGAGGAUUCAAUUGGAAGUUGAAUUGCAUGCUCUUGAGAAAGAGAAGGACAAAGCUAGCAAGGCUCGGCUUGUCGAGGUUCGGAAGGAGUUGGAUGAUUUGAGGGAUAAGUUGCAGCCAUUGAUGAUGAAGUAUAGGAAGGAGAAAGAGAGAAUUGAUGAAAUUCGAAAGUUGAAGCAGAAGCGUGAAGAGCUGUUGUUCACCUUACAAGAGGCAGAGAGAAGAAUGGAUUUGGCCCGUGUUGCAGAUUUGCGAUACGGGGCAUUGCAAGAGAUAGAUGCUGCUAUCGCGAAGCUGGAAGGAGAUACUGAUGAGAACUUAAUGCUGACAGAGACAGUCGGACCUGAACAUAUUGCAGAGGUUGUGAGUCGCUGGACCGGCAUUCCUGUGACUAGACUUGGCCAAAAUGAGAAGGAGAGGCUGAUUGGUCUUGCAGAGAGGUUGCAUAAGAGAGUUGUGGGACAGGAUCGAGCAGUGGAAGCAGUUGCAGAGGCUGUGUUGAGGUCAAGGGCUGGACUCGGACGCCCGCAGCAGCCCACAGGAUCUUUCCUCUUCUUGGGUCCAACAGGUGUUGGGAAAACGGAACUUGCGAAGGCUCUUGCUGAGCAGCUAUUCGAUGAUGACAAGCUGCUGAUACGAAUCGACAUGUCGGAGUACAUGGAGCAGCAUUCAAUUUCACGGCUCAUUGGUGCACCACCAGGUUAUGUUGGCCAUGAAGAAGGUGGACAGCUGACAGAGGCUGUGAGGCGGCGCCCGUACAGUGUUGUCCUCUUUGAUGAAGUCGAGAAGGCGCACAUUUCCGUUUUCAACACCCUCCUUCAGGUUCUUGAUGAUGGUAGGCUGACGGAUGGCCAAGGAAGGACGGUGGACUUCACAAACACUGUGAUCAUCAUGACUUCGAAUCUUGGAGCAGAGUACCUCCUUGAUGGGCUUAUGGGAAAAUGUUCGAUGGAGAUUGCCCAAGAACGGGUAAUGCAAGAGGUUAAAAGGCAUUUCAGGCCUGAGUUGCUUAAUCGGUUGGAUGAAAUUGUGGUCUUCGACCCAUUGUCGCAUGAGCAGCUCCGAAAGGUCGCUAGGCUCCAGAUGAAGGAUGUGGCUGCCCGUUUGGCCGAGAGAGGAAUUGCAUUGGCUGUAUCGGAUGCUGCCUUGGACAUUGUCUUGGCAGAAUCUUAUGACCCAGUGUACGGGGCAAGGCCGAUAAGGAGAUGGCUUGAGAAGAAGGUCGUUACAGAGCUAUCAAAGAUGCUCAUAAGGAAUGAAAUUGAUGAGAACUCUACUGUUUACAUCGAUGCAGCACCAGGAAAGAAACAGCUGAUGUAUAGAGUUGAAAAGAACGGCGGGCUGGUGAAUGCGACUACUGGGCAGAAGUCGGAUAUUCUGAUUGAGAUUCCGAAUGGGCCCUUGCAGAAUGAUGCUGCUCAGGUAGUGAAGAAGAUGAAGCUUCAGGCCGACGAGGAGGAUGAGGACAUGGAGGAAUAAAGAAGAAUAAGAUUUCUGUGUUGCUGUUUGUUUUUCAACUCUCUUUUAUCAAUCCUUUUUGUUUUGUUUUUUGUUUUUUUUUCCCUGAGUGCCAUCCCCAAAAGAUGUAUAAGAUGGAGGUUUGGUUUGUUAAUAUAAUCAAGCAGAGUGGCUUUGUAAGGAAGCUAUUUGUUUUCUUGAGUGCUGUUAUCAUGUAUUGUGGAUCAUGGUUUGGUGAUCCGGAUUGUUGGUCUGAUGUAGCCCAUGGAUCAUUCCUCUUUUAAGCCCCCCA